ACACACACACACACACACACCUCAAACACACCCCAAACUACCUAUUAAAAAAAAUAAAAUCUAUCAUCACUAGUUCAUUGAAAUAUAUUAAAAUAUUACAAAACUGAAAUUUCUCACUCAUUUUUAUUAAUUUUCAACAACCCCAUUGUGGUUGAAACGGUUGACAUGUUUAAAUGUAAAAUUUGGACUAAACCGGAUAGUGUGGGCAUGUGUGCACAAGUGGACAAUUUCCUUAUACUAAUUUGACCACAGCAAGCUUCUCUCAACAAUAUUUAUUCAGAAAAUGUGAAAACUCUAAUGUCAAAGUGCACCAUGUAGAAAAAACAGUUUUAUGACAUUUUAUGACAUGUGACUUUAUUACACCACAGCAGGGGUGUCCAAAGUGAGGCCAUUUUUGUCCCGCAGCUUAUUUAUUCUGCAUAUUGUAAAAAUGAAUUCAUUAAUGAGAUAUAUAAUUAGAUAUUACACUCGUGUGCUUUGUCACCUAUAACACAAAUCUAAGAUGUGGACGUUUUCUUCAGAUAGUGUAGUAUACAGUGGUGUGAAAGUGUUUGCCCCCCUCCUGAUUUUUUUUUUUUUUUUGCAUGUUUGUCACUUUUAAAUGUUUCAGAUUAUCAAACAAAUUUAAAUAUUAGCCAAUGACAACACAGCUGAACACAAAAUGCAGUUUUUGACAAAACAGUUUUUAAAUGAAGCGAUUUUUAAACUAAUGUAACCUGCGAUUGACGCCCAGUCCAGGGUGUACCCCGCCUCUCGCCUGAAGUCAGCUGGGAUAGUCUCCAGCAUACCCGCGACCCUAUUGAGCAUAAGCGGCAUAAAAGAUGGAUGGAUGGAUUUUUAAACUAUUAUUAAGGGAGAAAAAUAAUCGAAACCUACAUGGCCCUGUGUGGAAAAAGUGAUCCCCCCCCCGUUAAAACAUAAUUGAGAUUCAGAUCCAUCAGUCUGGAAAAGGUUAUAAAGGCAUUUCUAAAGCUUUGGGACUCCAGCGAACCACAGUGAGAGCCAUUAUCCACAGAUGGCAAAAACAGUGAUGACCCUCCCUAGGAGUGGCCAGCCAACCAAAAUUACCCCAAGAGAGCAGCGACAGUUCAUCCAAGAGGUCAAAAAAGACCCCACAACAAUAUUCAAAGAACUGCAGGCCUCAGUUAAGGUCAGUGUUCAUGACUCCACCAUAAGAAAGACACUGGUCAAAAAACGGCCUGCAUGGCAGAGUUCCAAGACCAAAACCACUAUGGAACAAAUAGAACAUUAAGGCUCAUUUCAAUUUUGCCAGAAAACAUCUUGAUGAUCCCCAAGACCUUUGGGGAAAUACUCUGGUCUGACGAGACAAAUGUUCAACUUUUUGGAAGGUGUGUGUCCCAUUACAUUUGGCGUAAAAGUAACGCUACAUUUCAGAAAAAGAACACGAUACCAACAGUAAAAUAUGGUGGUGGUAGUGUGACGGUCUGGGGAUGUUUUGCUGCUUCAGGACUUGGAAGACUUGCUGUGAUAAAUUAAACCAUGAAUUCUGCUGUUGACCUAAAAAUCCUGAAGGAGAAUGUCUGGCCAUCAGUUUGUGACCUCAGGCUCUAACCAACUUGGGUUCUGCAGCAGGACAAUGAUCCAAAACACACCAGCAAGUCCACCCCUGAAUGGCUGAAGAAAAACAAAAUGAAGACUUUGGAGUGGCCCAGUCAAAGUCCUGACCUGAAUCCUAUUGAGAUGAUGUGGCAUGACCUUAAAAAGGCGCUUCAUGCUGGAAAACCCUCCAAUGUGGCUGAAUUACAACAAUUCUACAAAGAUGAGUGGGCAAAAAUUCCUCCACAGCGCUGUAAGAGACUCAUUACAAGUUAUUGCAAACACUUGAUUGCAGUUGUUGCUGCUAAGGGUGGCCCAACCAGUUAUUAGGUUUUAGGGGGCAAUCACUUUUUCCACACAAGGCCAUGUAGUUUGGAUUUUUUUUCCCUCCCUUAAUAAAGUUUACUUUAACAACUGCAUUUUGUGUUCAGUUGUGUUGUCAUUGACUAAUAUUUAAAUUUAUUUGAUGAGCUCAAACAUUUAAGUGUAACAAACGUGCAAAAAACCCCAACUAAAAAUCAGGGGUAAACACUUUUUCACACCACUGUAUAUUGACCUACAUUGGAUUGGCAUCUUUCAUGUAUCAAAGUGGCCCCCAGAUUCUUGCAUUUUGGAGUUUAGUUGGAAAGGUUUGGACACCCCUGCACAAAAGUGUAACACCGGAAUCUUGUACAAUUUCUGUAACUACACACCCUGUAGAAAUUUCAUGCAAAAAUGUGUCCUCACAUGAACAUCUCUAAAAAUGCCUUUAGAAUUUUAACUAAGUUGCUGCUAUUUGAUAAUUACAACAAACUAGCUCACCUGGAAUUGCUUUUUCUCUUAGGACUUAAUAAAGGAAAGAGAAUAAUGUCACAAAGCAAGACAAAAAUAAAUAAAUGCUGCCACGUUCUUGCGAUUGUCUUUGCUUGCUUGAUGAUGACUUGUUUUCAGUAGGAGGGAGGGGGGUCGAGAUCAGCGGGACAGUAAAGGAAGGUCGCUGGAGUUCAUGAUGAGACUGGGGUCCAAGUUCAAGGUAUCUACAGCAAAACAAGUGAAAUAGAAGCAUUUCUUCUUGUCUGUGUGUGUGUGUGUGUGUGUGUGUGUGUGUGUGUAUAUAUAUAUAUAUAUAUAUAUAUAUAUAUAUAUAUAUAUAUAUACUUAUUUUUUGGUUUGUUUCAAAAAAACAAAAAACUAAAGUGGUAAAUUGACCAUUGCUGAUUUGACAUGACUGUUGCUACAAAGUGUCACAUUUUCAGAAACAUAAUUCUUGUCUAGUUGUAGUUAACUGACAGAGAAAGAUAUCGCAUAGUUAAACCACAUCAAUGAUGAUGGUACAAAAAUUUGAAAGCACCUUGAUCAAAGUUAAUCUUUUUGGAGUUGCAUGCUUCGCCCAUGCCCUCAAUGUCCACGAGAUCGCUGUUGACGUCCGAGUCGUUCAGGGCACUGAGGGUCACGUCUUCUCACACACACACACACACACACACACACACACACACACACACGAUUACUUUUUACCAACACAAUGAGAGACCUGGGGGUGUUGCUCACCUGCAGUUUUCCGCUUCUUUGUGGUGGGCUGGCUGCCCUGCUGGACCGUCGCCGUGACAACGUGAGGUGUGGGCACAGAUACGGUGGCGGCGGGAGUGCCCGGUGUCGCCAUGGUGGCACCAGCGAGGACGAUGGCUUUCUUCACUGCCUUUUGUGGGCUGGUAGAGCAGCUUCGAUGGCUCUCUUCAUACUUCCUCUUCACUGGAUUCUUUGUCUGACUAUUGUUAGGAAGAUGGCAACAAAAAUGACUUGGACACCGUCAAUAAUUAUUGAUAUUUGGUGAGCAUAUAGUAUAGAACAUGUAUGUUCACACUUUAAAUUGACUCCAUCAAAGUAUACAGUACAUCCACAUCUAUAUUUCUUUUCUCUGCUUUGAGUUGUAGUAUACAGUCAUUGUUUUUUUUUAAAGGUAACUUAGUGCUGCAGUUAUGAAUGCAGCAGAAGCCGCUGUCUCACAAGUGAAUUCACUCAACAUUUUCCAACAGGAAAAUGCUUUGACAAGACGUGUGUAACUGCUCAUUUGGGUUGGUCUCAGCCAUUGGGUGAAGCUGCAUGGUGAGCUCUCCAAGUCUGGUGAAAGCAGCACCAGCUGCAGAGAAGAUUUCUCCAACCUGCACACACAAAAUUACUCCAUUGGCGCCAAUGUGCUUUUUUUUUUUUAAAACUGUAAGUGCAUCACUUUGAAUAGACAGAUGGAAGCAUUAUGCAGGUCUAACAUUGUUUUGAUAGGAAUAACUUCAUAAUAACAAAGUGCUACAUUGAAAGCUAAUUAGGAGAGGGAUGAACAGUGUUGUCAUGGAUACCUUCCCUGUACUUAAACGACGAGUUCAUAGAAUGACAAUGAGGACGACUUUAAGUAGUUUAAUAGCAACAACCAAAUGCAAAAUUCCCCAACAAAACACUUAAUUGUACAUAUUAAUUAACUAGUUAAUUAAGGUUAAAUUCAAAUCUAAAUUCAAGUCUACACAGCUGCACGCGCGCUGUGUAGCAGGGGAGCUUGUGCUUCCAGUGACUAGCAUGCUAGGUGAGCAACUUCAAAAAGUUCUUCUGUUCCUUCAAGCUACAUACAUGUGUCUUAAUGACUUACUUUAGUAGAAGCCGAUGUCAUCUUUGCUUGAUCGAGAGAGAACACGGUAUGUGUUCAACGUCGCUUUUUAGGCGGCAGCUAAUAUGCUAACAACAAUGUAGCCAGAUGGCAUUGAGUAGUUCUAUCGGUAGCGAGCUAGCUAACAGCUCGCAGCCUCUUCUGCGCGUUGUGUCGCCAUUAGGAAAAGUCCAGCAUCCGAUCAAAACAUUGCAUCUUCAUUUGUUUAUUUUAAUUUUUGCAUUACAGCAAGAAAUACGCCAAUUGGGUUCUGAAACUGAAUAGAAGCCCAAGACGUGUGCUGCCUCUGCUGCCCCUCGUAAAUGUAACUUACGUGAAACUAUGUUUCACAUAGACAGAUAAACUUGUAUAACUACCAGAGAGAAUGAGUCGACUCUAAACAUGUUUUACACAAAUGUUUCCAGCAAUAUUAAGUACGCCACAGCUCGCUAUGCUUCAAGGGGAGGAGUUUGUUUUUUCCGACAUUACCUGAACGCAACGUAAGCCAUGCUGUAAGUCAAUUGGCUGGAGGCGUUUGGUCACCAGAGCGAUGUUACACAUUUUGGUAUCGAUCAGAUACUACAGGGCCAUUAUCUGUAACGAACUUAAAUAUGCACUUUAUUUACUUAUUGUAAAUGUGUGAAAUUUAUCAUUCAGGAAUUGUUUUGUAUUUGUGCAUUUUAUCUCAACUAAUUUUUUAAUUUUGCUAACUUAUUUACUCAAGUUUUUAUUGCUUUUCUUGGCUUUCACUCAAUCUUUCCCUUAUGCUCCUCCCGGCCUUCCGUAGUUCCCUGCGGUGCUUCCUCUCAGUGCAGCACAAUGUGCUUGGCAUUGAUGAGGGUGAGUUGUGUGAAGAAGCUGUAGACAAAAUGUGGUGUUUUCUGUAAAUAUUUGGACAAUAAUGUAAUGACGCACAUUGUUUAUAUGUCAACACUUGUGAUGUCAAGUAGUUUUAUGUUCCUCUGACCAUUAGUUUGAGCUUCAAAAGCGUAUUUUUAGUUGCACAUUUUGGCGCGAUUUGUGCUGCACUCGGCCACAUUAUGUGCAUUAAGAUGCAACGUGUAACAAUGUUUUGUAUGUGUUGAAGAGUACAGAAGAGAGGACAUUUAUUUUAUUAUUUUGUCUUUCAGGUAUAUGCUUAAGUUCUAUACUCAUGUUACUUUUUUUCCAAUCACUCCUCUCCCCUCCCCACUCAGUUACUUACUUUGGUCACUAGUCGGCAGUGUUUGUAUUUUCCAUGUAAAUUCUUGAAAAGCAAUGUGACGUUAACGUUGUAAAUGUAAUGCCUGUAUUUUGCAUCUAUGAAAAACACACACUGUGCUUGGCAUUGAUGAGGGUGCAGAAGAGAGGACAUUUAUUUCACUCUUUUGUCCUUCAGAAUAAACAUUAAAGCCACCCAAUGAGUGUCCAUCUCUUGGUCCACACACCUCCUACUACACGAGUACAUAUAGAGCUGCUAACGCUCGUCACACUGAUGCUGUGAGAGCCGUUACAUAUCGACAUUUUUAAGCUCUGAAUGAUUUUGUGAUUUAUGCCUUUUAAUUUGAUGAUCACGACAAUACGCAGUAUAAAACAUAGGACAGAGAUAUCGAUGUUAUCACGCUAGUACCGAUAACACAUUGGUAUCGAUAAUUUGAUAUUUGAGUCGAUCCACCCACCUCUGAAGGCCACGUGAUUGAAUGGUGCAAGGAGUACAACAUUGCUUUCUUUUUAUCUCUCCUGUAGUUCAGAAACCAUGUCAUUUUUAUCCGCUUUUCUGUGUGUUAUUUUAAUGUAAACAUGUAAAGACAUUGUAGGAGCUCAAGAUUCAUUAAGACCAAAUUAUUUGUACCUUUCCGUGUGUAAUCACAUGACUCUCAUGUGAGCCGUCAGGUGCAUGUCUUCUGUUGCAGUCCUCAAGCAGAAGUCUAGCAUGCGUGGGUUGAUCUGUGGACCAAAACUGGCCGCUUGCGGGGUCUUGUUGAGUGUGUGGGGGGUCAUCAUGUUGGCCGUACUUGGGAUUUGUUUCAUCACACACUCGGCCGUACUGAUUGAGGAUGUUCCUUUAAGAGAGGAAGACACCCAGGAUACAAACCCUCCACAGAAGAUCUACGAGCUGUACGACAAGGUGGCUGUGAACUGUUUCAUUGCAGCGGCUGUCUACGUUGUGCUUGGUAUCUUCUCCUGCUGUCAGAUGACGCUCAACCGGCAAAAGGCUUACAUGGUGCACUUGUGACAGCUGCUGGAAAGGAGCUGAAAGUUGCAGGAGACUUACAUGUUAUUUCCUUUUAAUGAUUUGGUGUACUUAAAAUGAACAGACAGCUGACCAGAAUUUAAAGUAAAUGUAUAACAACAUAAACUUGUCAAAAGAACAGACUUACUGUAUAAAUGAAAGAAAGAAAUUUGAUGAAAAAAUAUAACAUGAUAACAUCGUGUUUGAAUAAAAGUGCAGAAA